CACUACACAAGGGACGGGUACGGUGCUCUCCCUCCCUCUCCCUCUCCCUCUCCCUCUCCCUCUCCCUCUCGUACAUGCAGUCACAGGCGCGGGCAUUCAGCGUUGCCAAUUGUGUUCAGAAGUCGGAGGUUUUUGGGCGAUAAGGGUCUGGUUUAUUUUGAGUUCUGUGAAAUUCAAAUAUGCAGGGUGAUAUUAGAAAGUGGUUUAUGAAAUCUCAUGACAAAGGCGAUGGAAGUGCACCGAAGCCUGUACAGCCUGCAGAGAACAAUUUGAAGAAUCCUCCUCUGGCUGAGUCACAGUCUGAACCAGUGAAUGGUGGCCAAGAAAGAUCAAGCAGAAGGAAAACCAGCAAGUAUUUUGCGACAGACAAAACAAAGACCAAAGAAACAAUAGAAAUAGAGGAACCUUCAGUUAAGAGGAAAAUAAAAAAGGAUAGUGGUGAAUCACCAAAAACCCCUCCCUCAAAAAAGCUGCACAAAGUUGAGGAUGACGACGAUGACUUUGUGCCAGGCACUAAGAAAAACUCUGUUGAUGUUACUAUUAGUAAGAAAUUGAAGAGUGGUUCAAGUAGGGGAGUUACACAGAAACUUGUUGAUAAUGACGGAAGUGAUGAAGAUGAUGUUAAGGACAGUGAAUCUUCUCUUAAAACUGGUGGAAGGGGGCGUGGUGGUAGGGGUGCAACAGGGACAGCAGCUGGUGGAAGAGGGCGGGGUGGUGGAAGGGGUGGCUUUAUGAAUUUUGGAGAUAGGCAAAGUCCUCCUCACAAAGGAGAAAAGGAAGUUCCUGAAGGUGCUUCUGAUUGUCUAGCUGGCUUAACUUUUGUGAUCAGUGGAACUCUUGACUGUUUGGAAAGAGAGGAAGCCGAAGAUUUGAUUAAACGGCAUGGGGGCCGCGUGACGGGAUCUGUCAGCAAGAAAACGAAUUACCUUCUAUGUGAUGAGGAUAUAGGAGGAAGAAAGUCUGAAAAGGCCAAAGAACUUGGUACUGCCUUUCUCACAGAGGAUGGAUUGUUUGAUAUGAUACGUGCAUCGAAGAGUGGAAAGUCAACUGUACAAGAAGAGUCAAAGAAAUCUGUGGAGAAAUCAGUUACAUCUUUGCCAAAGAAAAGCCCUCAAAAAGUGGAAGUUAAAAGCAACUCAUUGGCAACAAAUGUGGCUCGAGAAGGUUUGAACUCAGACACCUCCCUGGCAAAGCAGAAAGAAUUGAAGACGCAAUGUUCUUCCUUGCCAUGGACAGAAAAGUACAGGCCAAAGGUUCCAAAUGAGAUGAUUGGGAAUCAAUCUAUGGUUAACCAACUUCAUAAUUGGUUGUCAAAUUGGAAUGAGCAGUUUCUGAAUACUGGAAAUAAAGGAAAGGGAAAAAAGCAGAAUGAUUCUGGUUCCAAAAAGGCAGUUCUGCUAAGCGGAACACCUGGUAUAGGGAAAACCACAUCAGCAAGGUUGGUUAGUCGGAUGCUCAGUUUCCAGGCUAUUGAGGUAAAUGCUAGUGACAGUCGUGGGAAGGCUGACGCUAAGAUCUCUAAAGGAAUUGGUGGAAGCAAUGCAAAUUCUAUAAAGGAGCUUGUAAGCAAUGAAGCCCUGAAUACAAAUAUGGAUAGCAGGUCAAAGCAUCCAAAGACAGUACUCAUCAUGGACGAGGUAGAUGGAAUGUCUGCUGGAGAUAGAGGUGGAGUUGCUGAUCUUAUUGCCAGUAUAAAAAUAUCCAAAAUUCCUAUUAUCUGCAUCUGUAAUGACCGCUACAGUCAGAAAUUGAAAAGUCUUGUCAAUUGCUGCUUGGCUCUCAGCUUCCGUAAACCGACAAAACAGCAGAUGGCAAAGAGAUUAAUGCAAGUUGCAAAAGGAGAAGGUCUUCAAGUUAAUGAGGUAAUUGCUCUUGAGGAACUUGCAGAGAGAGUCAAUGGAGAUAUGCGCAUAGCACUAAACCAGUUGCAAUACAUGAGCCUCUCUAUGUCAGUCAUUAAGUAUGAUGACAUUAGACAGCGACUACUAAGCAGUAGGAAGGAUGAGGAUAUCUCACCAUUCGUGGCUGUUGAUAAGCUGCUGGGCUUUAAUGGGGGGAAGCUUAAGAUGGAUGAACGGAUUGACCUUAGCAUGAGUGACCCUGAUCUCAUUCCGCUUCUAAUACAGGAAAAUUAUAUCAAUUAUCGGCCUAGUGCAGUUGGUAAAGAUGACAGUGGGGUGAAACGUAUGAACUUGAUUGCCCGUGCUGCUGAAUCUAUUGCUGAUGGGGAUAUAGUAAAUGUGCAAAUUCGAAGAUAUAGACAGUGGCAGCUCUCUCAAACUGGAUCCUUGGCUUCUUGUAUUUUUCCUGCGGCAUUACUGCAUGGACAAAGAGAGAUACUUGAACAGGGAGAACGUAAUUUCAAUAGAUUUGGUGGUUGGUUGGGCAAAAAUUCGACAAUGGGCAAAAAUUUAAGGCUUUUGGAGGAUUUCCAUAUUCACUUCCUUGCUUCUCGUGAGUCUAAUGUGGAAAGGGUGACUCUUCGUCUAGAAUAUCUUAGUCUUCUUCUUAAACGAAUGACUGAUCCUCUUCGGGUGUUGUCUAAGGAUGAAGCUGUUAAGGAAGUUCUUGAGUUAAUGAAUGAAUACUCGAUAAGUCAGGAGGACUUCGAUGCUAUUGUUGAGUUAUCAAAAUUUCAUGGACAUAAAAAUCCACUGGACGGAAUACUACCAGCUGUCAAAUCAGCUCUGACAAAAUCGUAUAAUGACGGACGUAGAUCCCGGUUGGUAAAAGCUGCAGAUUUAAUCACACUUCCUGGAAUGAGAAAGGCCCCUAAGAAGCGGAUUGCAGCGAUCCUAGAACCAUCUGUUGAUGAAUUUGGACAGGAGAAAGUUGAAGCGUUGGGCGAAAGUGAAGAAGAAAGUUCUUCAGACAGAGAGGACUCAGACAUUGCCAAUGGCGAAAAGCUGCAGUCAGAAUUUCGAAGUUUGCGUUCAAAAGGAAUUCAAGUAGAAGUGGAAUUGAAGGGCACUGAUUCAAAGCCCAAAAAGACAUCAGCUGGCAGAGGUAAAGGCGGGGCUGGCUCUACACAGAAGACACCCUCAUGUAGAGGAAAAGGAGGAUCUGAAUCAUCAGAAAAGAAAGGCAGGCGGAGUUCGGGGGCUGGAGCCAAACGAAAGAGGAGAUGAAAUGGAAGAACCAAAGAGGAAAGGGCGAUACAUGUAUAGCCUUGAGUUUGUUUAUGCUCGUGCUAGAAGGUUUGCCUGUGCAAUAUAAUAGACCGAUUUUACAUCGGAGCUGGUCAUGAGGGUAGGGUCAUGUGGACCAGCUCGAAGGCACAUUUCCUUUCUUUACUUGGUUGUGCCUUCGAGCUCUACUGGAAAUGGUCAACUUUCUUUCGUUUCUUCCGAAUAAAGCCACAGUUGGGCUUAAAAGGUCAGGCUCUAUUGGGCCUAUGUGAUAGCCUCAUGGUGAGACUGAGGGAUGACUGGUUAUUGGAUCGAAUGAAUUGGGAUUCCCUCCUCUUUAUUUUCAGAAAAGAGAGCCUCCAAUCCCUCCUUUUAGCAUUCAAUUUUUUUUUUAAUUUUUUAAAAAAUAAAAAUAAUAAGUAUGUAAAAUUAUUGAUUUAAUGAUAUUUAAAAAAAUUAAAAUUAAAAUUAUAGGAAAAAAACCGUAGUGGAUCUGUGAGAAGUUAGAUGUGGAGGCAGUCCACUUGGAAAGGAAUGGAAUGGGAGGGAUUCCAAUCCGGAGCGAACGCCAACUUAUGUAGGAUAAACAAAGCUUCAUCAAAAGUUUAAACUAAAUGGCUUAUAGAGGAUUUUGAUUGGUGCGAAUCGGACAGAUAAUUAGAGUCGCAGAAAGUGUAGAUCUUAGAAUGGGAGAUUCCGCAACAGAGACCAAAUCCUUCUUUAGGAGACACUGGGAAGACUAUUAAGGAGUUCUGGAGAGGAGAGGUUUCCGUUCCUUGAAGACUAUACACGGUUCACCGAUCGGCCCCUCCCUCGCUGGUCGUGUUCCGAUUAAGUUCACGGCCCCGUCGUAAUAGUAAUACUCUUCUUCCCCUCUCUCUUCGCAUAUUCAUUAUUUAUAUAGAUGAUUAUGUGUUUGUUGAUUUGCUUCCUUGUUGGAAUUUCUGAAUAAGCUCUGUUUCUCUCUCCUGCUGCUGCUUUUUCUGUUUCAUUAUUAUUUUUUCAUGUAUUAUGUUGAGCUAUUUCGUUAUCGAAGUAUUUCGUUUAGCGAGGUGACUGCCUUUGUACUUAUCUGCUUGUUACCAUAGGCAUCGCGAAGCAUCGUAUCAUUAUUAUUUAGGUUAUUUUAUUUUAUUGGCAGAUACGAAUCUGGAUUUACUUAUUUUCAUUGUAAAAUCUGUUGUUUUUUCUUCUGGAUGGAUUUCUACUUUUAAAGCUUCAUUUGUAUUUCAUCUUCGUUGGUAAGUUGUUGUGUUUGAUGCCGAAUUAUGCAGACGCAAGUUCUUCUUUAGAACAGUGAACUGCUGUCUCAUAUUUUUUAGGAGAUGGCUUUCAAUUGUAACAUGUUUGUUAUAUGUUCACAGCUAUGUCUAAAUUUAUGUUGCUCUGUCAACACACUGGUUGUUUAUGUAGUUUGACGUUGGAUGGAGCCUGUGUCUGGACUCUUGAUGUAAAAUUCAACUCUCAUCUCUGUUUAUUAUUGUGUGAGGUCAUUAUGCCGACUCGUGAUUUUAAUGCCUGUGCGGAUGAGAAUUUUAGAUGACUUGUGAUGGGUAGGUUGGAUCAUCAUUUUCUCUGGAAGAGGCAUUGCAGUUGGGAAGUUGGUUAUGGUUAUUCACAAUGUUAAUUGUAGUUGGUGGUGAGAUGAGCUCAAACAACUUGUAGAGGACCAUAUGAAGUGGAGGCUUUUGAGUUUUGAGGAGUGGCGUUUGAAGAUAACUCUCUUUAUCAAAUUCUGAUUUUGAGCAUGAGGGUUCUGUUCGCUCAAUUUCCUGUGGGAGGUGAUAUGGGAGCUAUGUUUGGCCAUCAAGAAUUCCCGCACCUAUUUCCAGCUGAAAACUGCCAGGGAAGCAGAUGAGUGUGGCAUUUAAGGAAGCAUUAUUGGAGCUGUUUCAACUGCCGGUAUUACUUGGAAAUACUCAAGGAGUCUGCAUGGUGCUGGGCUUCCUUUCUAGAGUUAUUUUUGGUUGGACCUUUGGACAAGAAGUUGCAAAUCACCGGAUGCAACUUUACGGGUUGGACACCUUGGCUGUGCAGAGCCACAGACUAAGUUCAUGAAGUGGUGGCAAAACAAAUUUUCUUUAUGCAGAUGAUGCUGAUUUUUUAGGGCAUGUAGCUUUUGGAUGACAUGCCAGUAGUUUCGUGGAUCAUGCUGUCACAAUGAGAUUGUAGUGGACACUUACGGUCUGUGCUCCCAGAGUUUGGCGCUUUCUCGGCUUUGAUAUAGAUCUAUGGACCUUGAGUGGUUUUGCCUUGGGAAGUCGACUUGAAAACUAGGUUACAUGCCAGAGGCUCAUCUGGGUUCGUGUUCCUGUCUAGGCCUGGUCUCUUCUUUGUUUACUGCUCUAGAAUUGGUAAUAUUGCUCUGAGAACUUGGACAAUAAUGUUGGCUCCAAUUGAAUUUUGGGUUGGGCUCGAAUUUAGUUAGAUAGCCUUAAGCCCAAGCCCAGACAACCUGGCCCCUAUAAAGUGUAAAGUGUCUUGGGAUAUUCCGAUUUU